ACUCACUUCUGUGUCUCUGGUAUAAUUUCUUGCAACAAAUAAUUUAUCUCUUCAUCCAGGAUUACAGCAAUUAUGCCCAGCUUGAUCAAAUGCCAAUUAAAAAACAUAUUGAAAUAACUACAAUCAAGUUAGAAGAGUCAAACCAAGACUGAUGAGUAGAGAUGGAAGAAACCGUGAUCGUAAAUUUUAGUAUAGGAAACACACUGACGACAUGAUGGUGACGUGUUUCGUGGAGGGUACAAAGACCUUUACCCACCUUCACCGAUUUGUACUUGAGCACUCGUGCUCCCUGAAUUAGAGAUUAAUCUUUUACAACCACAGCUGAACUUGCGUAUAGCAAAAAGUAUGAUAUAGGAUAAUGAAAGAGAGAUAACUUGCAGAAUUCAGCUCUAAAGUACCGCUCAUUCAUACUUAAUGAGCUCAAAAUGACAACGCAACGUGCAAUCAUUCCGUCUUGUGCGGCCUUCGAUCCGAUAAAUCGCCAAGAAUCCCAUGGAGGACAUGAAAUCAAACUCAUAUAUAUCUUCGUGUUACGUGGACGUAACUCGUUGUGCAAGCUUUGCCAAGCAAUUUCCGGGAUAUGUAAUAUUACCAGAAAAUUUUCCUUGAUAAUUUCUUUUUAUGUUUGUACCCAUGGAUACUGUCGAAGCAAACUAUCCCGAGAAGCAAACGGCGACCAACCCUUUAAUGAUUCGCUAUCACGUGUAUAGUCGUCGCAUUCGCACGAUGCUUUACCUCGGUGGUGUUUUGCAAGAUCGAACACAUUCCGCAAUCCGAACGUAUAUCGUUGGAUUUUCAGUAAUCCUUAUGUCCUUGAGUCAUUGUAUUUUCUUGAUAAACCUCUGUCGAGACCACACUGAUAAUUUGAUGUUGAUGGUGAAAUACUUCAGCCAAAUCGGUAGCUUCAUCGCGCCUGCACUAAUGUCUGCCUGCUUUCUGAUCAAACGCGAAAAACUGAUCGAGCUUCAUGAGACAUUGAACGACAUGUUUGAGCGGGAACUGGAGCAGGAUCAGGAAGCUGCCCUCGCGACUUUGUACGCGUUCGAUAGACCAUUUUGCAUAGUGUUCUUCACUAUCGCAAUGACAGUUUUAUUGCACGUUUGUCCACCACUGAUAUCCAUAAUUUAUCAGAUUAUUCAUCAUACCGAGCCGAGGAGGUACAGAUUUCCGUUUCCGGGGAAGUUUCCGUGGACGGUUCCGAUCAACGACGGUUUCAUAUUCUAUCUACAUUUUUUAUAUCAUUUGUUCCUCGGCUGGUGGACAGUCUUCACCAUCAGUAGCGUCGACAGCCUCUUCGGUUUCUACGCGUUUCAGAUUUCCUCGAUACUGUAUGCCAUGUCCGUUAAACUGCGGUCUGCAAAUCUACAACCUCGGGGGACGUUUUCAGAAAUCCUGGAGACGUGCGUGUGGACACAUCGCCGAUUAUGCCAAUGCAAUUAUACGCUGGAGAAUAUUUGGCAGCCGAUAAUUCUACGGAUGCUUCUCGCCAAUAGCAUACUUAUCUGCAUAUUAAUUUUUCAAGUGACUCAGUUAACAGAUAUAAUAAUGAGCGAGAUUUUUCUGCUCAUCUUUUACAUAACAUUAAAGCUCUUGCAAACAUUUAUGUAUGCCUGGUAUGGCAAUUUCAUCACAAGCACGAGUGAAUACUUUCGCGAGGGGAUUUAUUUUAGCGAUUGGCCGGAUUCUAGUCUCGAUCGUCACGUAAGAACGAAUAUUAUUAUGACGAUGAUGCAAAAGCCGAUGACUAUAAAGGCACUAAAAGUGACUUCCGUGAAUGUCAACAUGUUUACUAAUAUCGUGAAUACUGCUGUGUCCUAUUUCUUUCUCUUGCAAUCUUUGGAUGAAGGUAGAGAGAGGUAAAAGCCGUGUAUCCGUUAUAUAUUUUAUAAAGACCAGCGAGCAUAUAUUAAAUUAGUACAAAAUAUUUAAAAAUAUAAAAUUAAGGUUCGAAGAGCUUCUGAACUCAUUG